AAAUACAGGAACAGUGCAAAUAGAGGUUGUAUUUGUUAGUGUGGACUUCUGGAAUGGAAACAAGCAAAGCAUUUCAGUGUAUGAUUAGUAAAUACUAUGUUUAUUUAAAAAAAUAAAAAUAAACAUUUUUUUUUAAAUGCAUGGGUUUGCUCCAUGCGCAGCUACCAAGAAAUUUAAGCGGCUGCAGGGCCUGCAAGGACGUGUUGUUUGCGUUCAACAUGUGAAAUCGUUGCAGACAUCGAGGCCUAUGACUGGUUUCCAUGAACUAGGUUUCCUCUGCACAACAGCAACAGCUGCAUGGCUCUUUGUUAAAAGCGUUAACAGUCAAAACAACAAGAAAACCAGUUUUAAACAAAAACCUUUGCCCAAACUGCACAUGUUUUAACUAUUUAUUGCACAUUUAUGUGGAAUGCAAAAGAUAGAAGCCUUACUGCACUUUUUGAGAGCAAAAAGGCAACCGGUAUGAUGAAAACAGAGUUGGCGUACAUUUAUUUAUUUGCAGGGUGGUUUUGCAUGAAACAGCAAAAAUCCUAAUUCAAAGUACCUAACAAAACCAAACAGCUGUAAGGAAACACCUCAGCCAAAUAAGAAAAUGCUACCACAUAUUUACCAGUUUAUAGCUUAAAAGGCGGUAAAGUGAAAUAAGGGUUUCAUUUGCGAUCCCUUAACCAUACAGGAAAGUGGCUGGUUAAGGGAUUGACUCAAGUUGCAAAAAUCUUGCAUCUCGAGUAAAAAAUAAAAAAAGCUUAUAAUUUCAUAAACUGGUGAAAUAGUAAUUUUUGCUGCAUACCAUUAAACGCGGGCAUCUUAACAAAACAAAAAAAAAAACAUGAUAUCGCAGUUAAUUUUCACUUUUCCUAUAACAAAGCGGACAGUAGUGACCACGAUGGAUGCUUGCCUGCCAAAAAUGAAUAUAUAAAAGAAUGAUUGCAUCAAAGUGACUAUUUUUACCUGUUUUUCGGGAACAAAAAUCUUGUAAAAUUUCCCGAGCUUUACUAUCUGUCCUAGACUCGUCUCUUUUUUUAAUAAACAAUAUUUUUUAUAAUGUUUUUCGGUCUUUUUCAGGGAUAAUACGACUUUUAGGGGGGCUUGGUCGAAUAAUAUGUAAUAUAUUGUAAUGCACAAAAGGCCUCCCCAUUCUAAUUCAGAGGCUGCAAUGGUGUCAUUUCCUCCAGACGCCCCUGGUUUUUUGCUGGGGAGGUUAGAGGCCAAGCCCAGGCGGUAGCGGCCUGUCUGUGGAACCAUUGUCUGCUGCUUAUUUAGCGCUCAACAUUAAUCUGCGCUUCCCCUCACAAGUGAGAAACAAUCGCAGCGUGAGAGUGGCCUGUCUAAUUACACCUUUCACUCUCAACUUGCCACUGUUUGGACUAGACGCACAGAAGCGGUGGGUCUUGGUCAGGUAAUCAAAAUCCAAAUGUUUAGGCUCGGAAAUAAGAUAUGCAUUUUUAACUUCACAAUGAAGCUAUUGCUCUAAUAUUCUUUAAAAAACUAAAUACUGGACACGUAUAAGUUAGGGAUUUGACCAGAAUAAGCUAAAAAAAAAUACAAUUGCAAAAAACAAUACCUGUACUCUUUAUAAACAAAGCAGCAAUCAAAAAGGCGAAAGCAUAAAAUGCGGGGUUUUUUCUGCAAAGCUAGCCAAAUGUAACGAGAGUAGUUUCAUAUGCCAAAAUUUCAAAUAGAAACAGCUAAUAUUAGAAAAAAAAACCAUUCAAGCAAUAAUAAAACAAUGCUAUAAGAUCACAUCCAUCAAAGUAAGCACAAAACAUGUCAAGCGCAAGGUAGCAUUUUAGAAAAUAUACACGUUCCCCAAAUCAAAUUUGCAAACAAAAAUAAAAGUGGAAAAGAUGUGGAAAAACACAACGCACGCAUUUUGAUAGUAAAGAAUCAACUCAGUCACUCUCACCGCCGCACUUUCGGCAGAUUCCUCCUUAUUGACGCAAACAGUCCCGGCUCCAAAAUGCCAGAUGAGCACCGUCCGCCCUCACUGAUUGGGGGAGAAAAGCACAGAAAACUCGGCUUUGGAGGUGGUCAGCAAAGUUACUCAAAGUUUUGUCUUUGGCGCGACUCCGGAUCCCGAGCGGCGCGCACAAAACAGUUUGUUUGCAUCACUGAUUUCUUUUAAAGGGAUAUGGACCCUGUUCUGGGGCGACCGCAGGCGUCACGGCAGGAGAAAGCAAUCACAUUUAAAAUACUAAAAGCAUAUCAGUGUUGGCUCUUCUGGUCAUCGUGCUGUAAUUAUCACGCUUUUUUAGUUGCAUAUUAUGAGAUGAAGUGACGCUAUUUUGCAGGAAACAAACACACAAAGAAAAGUCGUUAAGUUCAAUGAUCUAGUAAAUGUUAAUAUAAGUGAUACGAUGGUUUAGAAAUCCAAUAUUGUUUUACUUCAUCUCCAAAUGUUGAUUUUUACGCAUAAUCCACACCAGCUGACUUUAUGUGAAGCGGUUUUGUUUAAACUAUAAACAUCUUAAAUUUAUCACAACUGUUACAAGUGGGCCUAAAUUCAACAAACAGCACCUCACUUCUACGUGAUACACCAGCAUAUGUUGCAUUCCCCCCCCCUAAAUAGGUCAGGUGCAGAAUUAGUUUUGAUUUAGGCAGAUUUUCAACUGUUAAUCAGCUGAUGAGUAUUUCUACUUUUCAUCUACAAAAGUCACCAUAAUUAAACUUCGCAUCAUUCAUGUAUGUUCUGGGGCAUAUUAAACAAAUGAAAAUCUAUUUUCCUUGUGUGUUAUUGAGAUUGUUAAACCCCGGGGAUCCUCGUGGCUGAACAUGUCAACCCUACCGUUGUUUCUGUUUUUCUACUCACAAUGCACAUUUUCUCAAAGUUCUGAAAAAAUAAAGUACAACAUGUCAUGAAAUACUGGGUGUAUCUGUGUGCAUGCACCGGAUUCAAAUUAGGCUUUCCUCCUCGUACAUGUUCAGGGCUCUUCCCCUUUUACUAGGGCGAGGAGGGGGGCGUUUGUAGACUGCUCCGUAGUCUGUGUCAUGUGGCCCAGUUUCUGCCGUUCUAUUGGUCAGAGGCACGUGUCUGGGAGGAGGGUGGGAGAACGUCACUCGGGGGGCUCGCAUUGAAAAUAAGAACAAAACUCCAGAGUGAGAGUAUUAGAGCAUCAGUUUAGGAGCCUCUUUAUUUACCCUUAGUUUAGUUUAGGUGUAGGCAUUCCCGAGGACGCACAAAUCGGAUGGUGGUAUAAAUUUGGAUGGUGCGCAAAUGGCAAGCGCUUUAGCUCUAAGAUAUCACUUGUAACCCGAUUUUAAGGGAAUAUAUGAGACAAAUUAUGCUUUUCUCAAAGGACACUACGGCAAGGCUUUGCGUGGUGUCCAAGGCACUCACUGGUAUCUGAGUUGUUUUAUUUAUUUAUUUUACCCGUGCAGUUUUUUUGGGGGGGUGGGGGUAAUUUCCCUCAAAGUUCUUCGCAAAAUUUCUUGCUGCGGAGGGAGCGACAAAGGGGUUAAAGAGCAUAAAGUGGGGGAAAGUGAAUCAGUAUGGAAGAAAAUGAUCACGGCAACAGAGAUGCGGUGGAGCGACAGGAGUCCGCGGAUGAAUCCAAUAGAGCCAUCCUCCCCCUGCUACAGGCGCCGGGGAACCUGCAAAUCCCGCACCGGGUCACCAAUUUUUUCAUCGACAACAUCCUCCGGCCGGACUUCGGACGCAAGAAGGACGUGGGCGCUCACCGCGAUGAGAGCAGCCCAGCGUCGCGGGAGAGCCGCGGCAGCCCCGCCGCCCCUCAGACUGAGCCGGUGGGCAGCACUGUGCCAGCGGAGGGGACCUCCACUCCACACACAGUCACCGGGCCCAAGAAGCCCGCGAAAGCCGCAGAGGAGUCCCUGAAACCGAGCGGGGAGAGCGGAGACCAGUGCCUAAGCUCAGACUCAGACAGUUCCCAAGCCAGUUCCAACCCAUCCAUGUCGCAGCCCAUGUUGUGGCCAGCCUGGGUCUACUGCACCAGAUACUCGGACAGGCCUUCUUCAGGGCCAAGAUCUCGCAAACCAAAGAAGAAAUCGACCAGCAAAGAGGACAAGCGACCACGGACGGCCUUCACAGCAGAGCAGCUGCAGAGACUAAAGUCGGAGUUCCAGACCAACCGGUACCUGACGGAGCAGAGGCGGCAGAAUCUGGCGCAGGAGCUGGGUCUGAACGAAUCCCAGAUCAAGAUCUGGUUCCAGAACAAAAGGGCCAAGAUCAAGAAGGCCAGCGGCACCAAGAACAGUCUGGCCUUGCACCUGAUGGCGCAGGGACUCUACAAUCACGCCACCGUCACGUCGAAAGACGAGAAAUCAGACAGCGAUUGAUUCCCAGAGAAGUAAACAGCAGCCUCCUGACGAAAAAGAACCUAUAGUAAUCCUAUGAUAGAUUUAUAUAGAGAUUAAAACUCUACUUACAGGAAUAUUUAAUGUUACCACUGCAGAUACUUUAACUAUCACUCACCAUGGAUGUACACAAUGGCUCCAAGAAACCAUAACAAAUGAAUAGAUUCCCUACACGAAUUUCUAACCCAACCAUAGGCCUCUAUAGGUUCCUAUGGGAAUAUUAUAGUGAUUUUUUCGUUAUAUGGGAGGUAUAAUCAAGCCUACAAUGCAAUAAUAUGAUCGAAUAAAGGGCCAGUGUAUAGCCUUUACCAGCAUAAAUUGUUUAAAAAAAACAGAGAGAUAUUUCUGCAAUAUCACGUCUAUAAAAGAUGUAUAAAGGUACGUUUCCAUUGUUUUUGUCGUCCCCGCCCCCUUCCCGGGGCUACAAAUGCUUACACUCUCCAUUUUUAUAAGCCGUAUAAGGAUUACUGCUAUCCAUGAUUGUCAUCGUGUUACAUUUUAACUAACUGGCACUUGACGUUUUUACUUGUCAGUAAAGUGGGAAAUUAAUAAAAAGAAAAAGAAAAAAAAA